CACAUCAGAUCUCUGUGGUAGCCAGUGAUGAAAUCUUGCUAUGUAUACCACUUGGACGUUUCUCGUCUCAAACUUUGACUUGGUAGCAAUGAAAUUUUCUUCUUAUCCCUGUCUAUUUUCCCGUUUAGUGUGUAACAGCGGAUGUCUGACCUCAUUGUGCAUGCGCCGUAAUGCAUGCACGCAUGUUUUUCCGAGCCCUUCUAAACCACUCCAAGUCUCAGAAACAGAUAAGGGAGGAAACCUGUACUGCAAGAAUUCAACUUUUGCCUGAAUCUAUUCCUGCUAAUACGUCAGAUUUAAACGGUUGGUCUUGAAGGUUCAAAAUCUGUUUUGUGCUAUAGUGACUCCAUUAGU